AUGUAUGCUUUAACGCCUUACAAUCAUCAAGAUUCACAAAGUUACAUUAUUUCAAAUGAAAUGGACAUUUCUACUAACUCUCUGUCAGAUUCUCAUCCGCAUAUACUUCAGCCUAGCUGGAAAAAAUCUAAUAAACUGGAGAAGGCUGAUAUUUUGGAUAUGACUGUGAAAUUUAUAAAGAAAUCAUCAGAUCAUCUUCAGUCAAGAAAUUGUCAUCACUCAUCUGUCCAGACUCAUCAAAAUGAGAAAUUGAGGAUGUUUCUAUGUGGUUACUUAGCAUGUGAGACAACUUUCAAGCAUAUUAUUCAAAAGUGUUUACAAACUCAGCAGAAAAAUAAUAAAUCUUCUUUAUCAAUCAUACCAUCGUUGUCAUGUAGUCUUUCUGUUAUAACUGAAGAAGUGGCACAUACCAGGCAGUCCUUAAUAUCACAAAUGUUUGGUACAAAGUUUAGUUCCAGCCAAUGCUCAUUUGAUGUUUCCAUGACAAAUCGGAUUUCAACAGAUAACUUGCCGAAUUCUUUAAAUCCACUACCAAAUAACAGCUCCCAACAGAAAAUGUUCCAUCAUCAUUAUGAACAGCGACAAAAUCCAAUGAGUUUAUCUGUUGUGUCAAAUAACAGCGCUAAUCUGCUUGCAAAUGAAAUUUCUCAGAAUAUAUUUUCAGAAAAAAUAUCUAUCACAAAUGGUAACAGUCUGUGGAGACCGUGGUAA